AGUUACUGCAAACAAGCUGACUACAGUGCAACUAAAGUGUGAAUUUUUCAUUGCUCCAAAAACACGUGCUGCAGCACAUCUUUCGAUUUUCUUCGCUCCUGAAACUUAAUUCAUUGACAACUAAAUUUUUUGAGAGAGUUCGCCCUCUGUUAAUUUUUUAAUUGGUUGCUGAAUUUUUGAAAAAUUGCAUAUCUUUAGGUAUUUCUUAGAUACGAUACACCAGGCAAACCUCCAACUCUCAUCAUGAAUAACAUAUUGUUAAUUUGUGGCAUCUUUCUCAUGGGCAUUAUUUCAGCCAAUGUUGAACCGGUUCAAAGCUCGACACCACCCAACGAUGCUCCUUCUCUAAGCUGUAUACUUUUCAAAGAACUUGGUUGCCGCGUUCAAUGCACAUCCAUUAUGAAACUACAAGACUUCUCUCAAAGUUCAGCAUCCUGCAACGAUGAGCAAGCAUGUACCUGUACAAUCAAUUCGGAAUCCCUGGACACCUUAUGGAAUAAGAAAUUCGAUGCGGAUGAUGUGCUUAGACAAAUCAAACAAAAUGGAAAACUUGUCGAAAAGGUUACACGAGUAUUAGAAAAUGCAUCUCGAACGAGUGAACAAUCCAAGCAAGACCUCCAGGCAAUUUUACCAAAACAACUGUUCAGCAAAAUUCAAGUUAAAAAUGAUACAACCAAAAUCAAUGUCGGAGAAAUAAGGAAAAUUGUCGACAAUGAAGUGAAAUCAUUAGUGCAAUUUCUAAAUUCACCCGAAGUCGACGCCACAGAUCUGGAUUACUUGAAUUGGGUGGAUAAUUUCUACACAUACUUGGAUGGUAAUAAAGAAAAUGCCAGCAUCCAAAGCGUUUAUCAUCAAGUUGGUCUAGCUAAAAAUGAUGUUUUGAAAGAAUUGCUCGAUUUCUAUUUAGAGGAAGAGGGCACUCCACAGAUAGAUAGAACAAUAAAAUAUAAACAGGAUAAUGUUGUUGCUCAAAUGGUGGCUAACAGGCUGAUCAAUGGAAUGAUAAAUAAAUACGGUCUUCCCAAGAUUACCCCCAGCCCUGAUACCAGCCUUGAUUAAUUAUUUACCAUAUGUACAGGUAUCUUUCCGAUAGCCUGAUGCUAGCAUAAAUGUUUAAAAUAAAAUCUCCUCUUCAGCAUUGA